UUUGUUUUUUUAAAUAUGAUUUUUAUUCUAAAACUUAAAACAAGUUUGACACUACAAUACGACGCCAUUUUGUUUCAACUGACAAAUUAGGAAAUUGUAUUCAUUCGAUUUCUCUCAUUAACAAUCUAUGUGUGUAAUGUGAAGUGCUUUAUAAUCAGUUCCAAGUUUUUUUUUUAUUAAUACAUAAAGGAUUUUAUUUGUUACAUUCAUAAAGUCCAAGUAUCAUGACGUCCACACUACAGGAUCUUGCAGUGCAGUUAUUCGAUGCAGGAGCUGUGCGACUUGAAGACAUAGAGGCGAAGGUCGGCAGGCGAACGCCCAUCUACUUCGACCUACGAGUCAUCGUUUCGCACCCUAAGCUGAUGGUAGCAGUGUCACAUCAAUUGGAGAAACUCAUUAAAGACGUUCAUCACGAUAUGAUAUGUGGAGUUCCAUACGCUGCACUGCCUCUUGCAGUAGUCAUCUCCAUCAACACGGACAGACCAAUGAUCAUGAAGAGAAAAGAAACAAAAUUAUAUGCCACAAAGAAAUUACUGGAGGGCGUUUAUGAAAAAAAUCAGACGUGCCUUGUUGUUGAAGAUGUAGUGACAUCUGGCGGCAGCUUGCUAGAAACAGUUGAAACUUUACGCAAAGAAGGUUUGAUAGUUACACAUGCUGUAAUAGUACUCGAGCGGGAACAAGGUGGCGCUAGUGUACUCGAAGCGAAUGGUAUUACAGUGAAAUCACUUUUCACAUUAACUAAUUUAGUGAGAAUGCUUCAUAAAGCGGGUAGAAUUGACAAUGACACAGUCGAAUUAAUAUUUGAUCAUAUAAAGGAAUGCCAAUUUGGAACGAAAGAUAAUUUGGAGUAGAUAUUAAAUCUAUCCACUAGUUAAUUAUAAUUGGUCAGUGCUUAUAAUUUUGGAAACUAGAUGGCGCUACUAAUACGCGCAGUAUUUUUUCCUGUUCAAUUAUCAAAUUG